CUUGCGCUCUCUGGAUCUCUCCGUCGCAACAAUCUCUUCUUGCUGGGUAGCAGCACAUCGUCGGAGGAGGAGGAAGACAGCCGUGGAUAGGAUAUACGAUGAUGAUGAUGAUGAUGAUGGACGGCCGCGAUUCGCCGGCGAGGCCCACCGUGUGCGUGACCGGCGCCACCGGGUACAUCGGGUCGUGGCUGGUACGGUCGCUGCUCCAGCGGGGAUACCGUGUUCACGCAACGGCGAGAGACACAGGUAGGCGGUCCCUUUUCUCUCCUUCCUUCCACACCCUCACGCCGAUCCCUCGCAGGCACCUUGAAACUACUGACAAGGCAGCAAAACUUCCUCUGUCGUCGUCGUCGGAGGGCAGCGAUCGACUGUCCGUUUUCAGAGCUGAUCUCCGCGAGGAAGGAAGUUUCGACGAAGCAGUAAGAGGCUGCGUUGCUCUUUUCCAUGUCGCAGCUUCCAUGGACUUCGACGCAUCUGCUCAACAAAACAUCGAGGAUCGCGUGCGAUCGGAGAUACUGGAACCGGCAGUUCGCGGGACGAUCAACGUCCUACAAGCUUGCAUCAGAUCUGAAACCGUAAAGCGAGUCGUUUUUACAUCAUCUGUUAGUACAAUCACCGCAAAAGACGAUACGGGGAAUUGGAGGGCGGUGGUGGACGAAUCAUCCACCACGCCGACCGACGUAGUCUGGAAUUCAAAACCACGCGGAUGGAUUCUGCAGGUCUAUGUUUUAUCAAAGCUCUUGACGGAGGAGAAGGCCUUCGAGUUUGCAGAGGCGAAGGGCAUCGAGUUGGUGUCAAUAGUCCCACCUACAGUGGCCGGUCCAUUUCUAACUCCAAGUGUUCCGGCAAGUGUUCGAGUCCUUCUCUCGCCUAUUACAGGUGAUCCGGUGCUCUAUCCAGUACUAGUUUCAGUUAACUCUAGGUUGGGAUCAGUCCCAUUAGCUCAUAUCGAAGACAUUUGCGAUGCGCACAUAUUCCUAAUGGAGAAUGCCGAUGCUAAAGGUCGAUACCUCUGCUCACCAGGAAGUUACUCUAUUCCUCAGCUUGCUGAUCUUAUGUCUUUGGAGUACCCUUCUUUCAGCUCAGAAAGAUUCAGAAUGGAAUUCCAUGAUUCAAUCCCUUCAGUGAUUUCUUCGAAUCGCUUGAAAAGCUUAGGAUUUGAAUUCAAGCAUGAUGUGAGAGAGAUUGUGAAGCAAAGUGUUAACUGCUGCAUGAACUGUGGUUUCCUCAGCUGAUUUCAUACUUCUUAACAAACGGUGGAUCACUUUCAGAUGUUUGUUGAACUUUUUCUAAUUAGACACCAUAAUGAUUGUAAUAAUAAUAA